AUGCCCCGAGAGCUCAUCCUGGCCAACCCCACGCCAGACGAAAGUCGGCAGACCUGGACGUGCACGCACCCUCUAUGGGGCGCGGCACUCAGCCUCGAUGGAUAUAUCCUGCGCGAAACCCGCCAGGCUGACUUGCCCCUGGCCCGCGAUGGCGGCUUGAGGCCCUGGGUGCUCGUCGAGGCAGACUCGAAGCCCGAUUCACGCGACAUCCUGUCGUCGUGCGAGACGCUCAGGAAGCGCGCGCUUGUGAGGCGACCCGACGGCGAGGUCAGUGAGGUCAUCGCCCACGGCGUGGCCAGCGUCUUCACAGAUCCCGCCUUCCGCGGCAAGGGCCAUGCCAGCACCAUGAUGGCCCGCCUGGGCGAGACUCUGCAGACCGAGGGCGCGCACCUCUCCGUGCUCUGGUCCGACAUCGGGAAAGAGUUCUACAGCAAGCACGGCUGGAGGCCGUUCGAGAGCGACCAUCUCGAAUUCCCGGUGCCCGCCCAGGAGGACGACCCGCAGCCGCCUGCCAGCGUGACCAUCGUCCGGUACGACGACAUCCCCCAGCUGGCCUCGUCGGACGAGCGUCUGGUCCGCCAGGCCAUCGCGCGACCGCCCGCCUCCCCAGAGAAGACGACCCGCGUCGCCAUCCUCCCCGACGCGGCCACCCUCCAGUGGCACGUCCUGCGGGACGCAGCGCAGUGCGAGAACAUCCUCGGGCGCACGCCGACCAGCCACGGCGCCGUCUUCACGACCCUCUCGGGGCGCCGCGUCUGGGCCAUCUGGCGCCGCAACCACUCGGCGCCGCCCUCGCAGCCGGAGAAGAACACCUUCUACAUCCUGCGGCUCGUGGUCGAGGACGAUGACGAGGCCACCGUCCCGGAUGACGAGCUCGGCGCAGCCCUCGAGGCCAUCGUGGCGGCCGCGAAGAGCGAGGCGCGCGACUGGGCCUGCGGGACGGUGCACCUAUGGAACCCUGGGCCGAGGGAGCGCAGACUCGCGGAGGGGAGCGCAAAGCUCGGAGCCAGGUUCGUGAGCCGGGAGAGCGACAGCGUCACCAGUCUUCGCUGGUUCGGAGACGGGGAUGUCGACAGCGUGGAGUGGCUCGCCAAUGAGAAGUUCGCAUGGUGCUAG